AUGCCAGUACUACCAAGUCAGGAGAUUGCCACCAGAUUCCAGGAGAAAUGGAUGAAGCUUCACCCAGAAGACCAAGACAAUGUGAAUGGUUCAGUGCACCUGGAUGACAGUCUCACCAGCCUCCAAUGGCUCCAGGACUUCACCAUAGUCAGUGCGAGUCUAGAAAGCAUACCGGGCUCCACUUGCCAACCGUACCACCUGCCUCAGCCCAGCCACCUGCACCCUCAGGGCUCCGACUCCCCCUCCAGUCCACCUGCUGGGGACACUGCAGCCUCCGGCAUGCCUCAGAGUGCAGGCAGCCCCAUCACCUCCAGUGCCUCAGCCAACAGGACUAGUUACUCCUCACUUCACCAGACAGUGACCAACAACCACCACCAGAUCACUGUGCCAGCCAAGUCCCUGGAGGAGGAAGACUUCAAGACCAACCACGAGGUGAAGCCUUCCUAUUCCUACGCCACACUGAUCUGCAUGGCCAUGCAGGCUGGGAAGAAGAACAAGAUCACACUGUCUGCUAUCUAUAACUGGAUCACAGAGAACUUCUGCUACUACAGACAUGCUGAGACCAGCUGGCAGGUUAGUGACUCAGUCUGUCUUCUACAUUAUUGAUCAAACCUGAGAGAGGUACGCAACACAGGGGGAGAGAGAUGUGUGGGCGAUUGCAUGGAACCAAUCCCUCAGAGAUACAGUAUUUAUUUUGAUGUUGUAUGGAAAAUAAAUUCUAGGCCUAUCAUGGUUAUAUGUUUUAAUCAUUGAUGUAAUCAUGGGUUAUUUCUUGUUUGAUUUUCUUUUGGAAAUAAGUAGAGGGUGCUCAACCAAUGAGGACCACUUUGGAAACAAGCGUUUUAAUUAAUACUUUCAAGUGAUAUCCUCUGGGUUCACAUUGUUCAUUUUGUAUAUGUGUGUUACCCAAAAUACGUUCAAUUCGAUUCAAAGAGGUGCAACCUAAAAAUGUGUAGACAUCUUUGGACAGGAAAAGGCACAAUGCUCACUCACCAUUAAAAAUGUGUAGUUUUAUUAGACAAGUUUAAAAGAUUGACGUUGUUUGAUUUUCUUGGAAUCUCUGUGAUGGGGACUAUAUGAUUCAGAAGUACACUGAACUUAAACUUGUUAUGACCUUGUCCUGACGAUGCACAUUUGACAUGUUAUAACCAAUGAUUUAUAUAUACACAUCAUUAGUUAUAACAUUAUGAUGAUCCAGCGACAAAUGACAGAGAAUUUUUAAUAAGACUGCUGUCAGUUAGCUCAUCUUUUCAUGAACCCCAUUCUAUUCUCUCCUCAGAACUCUAUCCGCCAUAACCUGUCACUCAACAAGUGCUUCAUGAAGGUUCCCAGGCAGAAGAAUGAACCAGGAAAAGGGGGAUUCUGGCAGAUCGACCCUCAAUACGCGGACAUGUUUGUCAAUGGGGUCUUCAAGCGCAGGCGGAUGCCCGCCACCCAUUUCAACACCCAGAGACACAGCAAAACCCAAGGAUCAUCCCGUAAACGAAAAACCCAGGAGUACCACCAGCAUUGCCCCCAGACCCACUACACAGUGUCCCACAGAGGGGCAGGUGCUGGGAACAGAUGCAAACGUGGUGGCACAAAGUGGGAGAUAGUCCAUAAGUCACCACUGUUGACAGCGGAUCUCAGGGAACCAGAUGCACUGAAGGGAGAACUAGACUGGGCCAUGAUGUUUGACGACGUUCUGAAUGGGAGCAGCAAUAACUUUGAGGAUCUAGGGAUGAACCUAGCUCUGAACUCCCUGGGCUGUAAGGUGGAGCUCUCCCAGCAGGAUCAAGGCCGGGGCCGGCACCUGGGGAAGUGGUGCAACGGAGGGGCUGACUGGGACCACCAGCAGGCCUGCAGGUACAUGGAUGUGAGCACCAUGGGCUGCUACAGCAUGGAGGAGAUCCAGCAGCACCUCAACCUAACUGGGCUGCAGCAGCCGCUCCCUUUGGCGGUCCACCCACAGCACUUUGAGGAGCUAACACUGUUCCCUGAUGAGCAGCAGAGGCACCCCUGGGAGGAGCUGAAAGAGGAGCUGCAGGCAGUGCCUAUCACCCUGGACCAUAGCUUCUGUGAAGGCUUCUUCACUGAGAUGCAGCCAUGGGGGACAGCAGAGUCUUAUGUGUGA